AUGCCAGAUCCAAACCCGCUCACGCCCGAGCAGCUGGCACUCAUAGAGUCCAACCGACAGCGCGCCCUUACAAAACGCAAACACGCCGAGCAAUCCCAAUCCCAAACACCUGCCUCAAGCCUAGCACCACCAGGACCAGCCGAGAAAAAGCUGCGCGCCACAAAAAUGUCCUCCGGCUUUUACGAAUACAAUCUAAGCACAAUGCGCGAUACACGCGGCGGUUUUCUUGAGGAAGAGCGCUCGGAUAAUGUGCCUGAGAAAAAGCGCAAGGUUUUGGAAAUCGACGACAUACCUUAUGACCCAGAUCCUGAUGAGUGCCAGAUGUGUGUGGAGUGCGGAUCGCUGGAUCUUGAUGUGACUUAUUUGAAGGUAUUCAAGGUUAUGGUGUGUAAGCCGUGUGUCGACAAGAUCUCAGACAGGUAUUCGCUGCUGACUAAAACCGAGGCCAAAGAUCUGUUUCCUGUUUGGGAGAAAGCCAAUCCGCACAAGUCGACAUGGAACAACAUGCUUUUGUACCUGCGACAGCACCUCGAGUCCUUUGCCAUCAAGAAAUGGGGCAGCAUGGAGGAACUCGACAAGGAGUUUGAGCGACGAAUCGACGAGAAGCGCGCGCGCAAAGAGAAAAAAUACAAGCAUCGGUGGCAGGAGUUCGAGAAAACUCGCAGUAAAAAGCUUAACCUUGAAAUGGAGCACGAGCACACGUUCGAGUCAACCGGUAAUUGCGACGAAGACGGCAGCGAAGAGCAGAAAUGCACGGCCUGCGGGCUUGUCGUUGAGGUAUUGGAAUUUUGA